AUGAACAUAUUGACAGCCAAAAAUUUGGAGAUUGCAAUCCACUCCCCUACACGUGAAACAAAUCAUUCUAGCACUACUAAAGACCAAAUAAUAAUAAUCUCCAAAACAAAAUAUAAAUCAGUUGUAAUAAAAGCUGGACUGGCAGACCAUCAUGCACAGGCUAUAUGCUUUUGUGUAAACACUAAUCCAUCCUAUAAUUAUAUGAGGAAGACUACUCACAUGGGCAGAACUUUCAGUAAUACUGCAGUACAAACAUUCCAGAAUUAUCUCCAACAAGAAUCAUGGGAGAUAGUGUAUAGUACAGAAAAUAUUUCUGAUAAGUUUCAGACAUUCAUGAAUAUUUUUAAAUAUUAUUUUGAUCUUGCUUUUCCAUUGAAAGCCAAAACAACGCAAGCCACUACAACUAACAAGUGGAUUACUAGUGAUAUAAGGAAAUCUUGUGCUAGAAAACGGUACCUUCACAAUAUUGAGGCAAAGAAACAAGACAAUUACAAAUACAUAGAAGAUGCUUCAAACAGAACCAAAGAAAUCUGGCAAGUUGUAAAAAAAGAAACCAAAUCUUACAAAAGUAGAGUUAAUAAUAUAGUAUUAAAGGCUGGCUUGGAAAACAUUAAUAAGCCACAGGAAGUAGCUAAUAUGUUUAAUAACUAUUUUGUAAAUGUAACAGAGAAACUACUACAACAGACUUCUAAUAGAAAACAGCAUACAGAAACAGGGAAAAAAGUAUCAAGCGUAUCAAUGUUUCUGUACCCAACAAAUGUAGAAGAAAUACAGGUUACAAUAAAAAGUCUCAAAAUGAAACACUCUGCAGGUGUAGAUGAUAUACCUGAUUUCAUUAUAAAGAAGUGUGGGGACUUGAUUACUGAGCCCUUAACCCACCUACACAACCUAUCUUUUGCUACAGGAACUUUUCCUUCAUGUUUGAAAAUAGCAAAAGUAAAGCCAUUAUACAGGAAAGGAAACAAAGAUGAUGUUUCCAACUACAGACCACUGGGACUUCUUUCUGUUUUCUCAAAAAUAUUAUAUAGACUUUUCAAUAAGAGGCUAACAGACUUCUUAGAGGUAAAUGGCAUUCUGUCAGAAUUUCAACAUGGAUUUAGAGCAAGCCGCUCAACUGGUAACUCAGAAGAAACUCAUGUAAAAAACAUAAAAGAAACCACUGACAGGCUAACACGUUACUUUGAUGACAAUGACUUAAUAAUAAACAUUGAAAAAACUGUAGCUAUGGAUAUACACACAGCACAAACAAAAAAUCUGAUAUCACCCAGUCUAGAGCUAUACGGACAGAAAAUUGCCAAAACAGCCUGUACCAAAUUUCUUGGACUUCACCUACAAGACAACUUGAAAUGGAAAGCACAUAUUGAGCAGAUGAACAAAAAAUUAAGUACUUCUUGUUUUGUGCUGCGUACAUUAAAAAUUAUACCAGCUACAACAACCUUCAGUGUGAAUAUUAUGCAGUUGUACACUCUCAGCUCCGGUAUGGGAUUAUGUUCUGGGGAAAUUCUGGAGAUGCCAUAA